CUCAAGGAUCUCAGACUGUGGGCGUUUUUUCUUAACACCCCCACCUCCAAUCUUGGCUCCGGCUUAGUUUUUUCUGGGUGUUGCCUCCGUGGUUCACAACUUUUGGAGUUUCACCGGGGUGUUGCAGCCGGCGAGGAAGUGGGGCGACUGGGACGAAACCCUGCGGUGACUUUUGGAAGUUUUUGGGGCCGAAGUCCGGGCUUGUCCUGCUCAGUGUCCGCCGAACUUUUCAGCCUUCCCCGCAGGACUGCCGUACUUUAGCCGCCGUUAGCUUGUCGAGCUAACCGACACCGAGCCGUCCGAUGCAGGCCAUUAAGUGUGUGGUGGUGGGGGACGGGGCUGUGGGUAAAACAUGCCUGCUGAUCAGCUACACCACCAACGCCUUCCCUGGAGAGUACAUACCCACCGUCUUUGACAACUACUCUGCCAAUGUGAUGGUGGAUGGGAAACCGGUGAACCUGGGUCUGUGGGACACAGCAGGACAGGAGGACUACGACAGGCUCAGGCCACUCUCCUACCCACAGACGGAUGUGUUCCUCAUUUGCUUUUCACUCGUCAGCCCAGCUUCAUUUGAAAACGUCCGAGCCAAGUGGUACCCUGAGGUGAGACACCACUGUCCAAACACCCCCAUAAUCCUGGUGGGCACCAAGCUGGACCUGAGAGACGACAAGGACACCAUCGAAAAGCUAAAGGAGAAGAAACUGGCUCCAAUCAUCUACCCUCAGGGCCUGGCCAUGGCUAAAGAAAUAAGUUCAGUGAAAUACCUGGAGUGCUCGGCUCUGACUCAGCGUGGCCUUAAAACGGUGUUUGACGAAGCCAUCAGGGCGGUGCUUUGCCCUCCGCCCGUCAAGAAGAGGAGAAGGAAGUGCACAUUGCUGUAAUGGAGAUCCACGAUGAGGCGAAAAUCUGGGUACAGUCUGAACUCGCCCGCUUGGAGGGAAGAAGA